AUGAUGGACAGCAUCGAAAAUAUAACAACGCUAUUUCCAAAGUUAAAACAACAACAAUUAUUGUUUUUUGAGAAACGUGAAAAAUUAUUUACAGCCAAUGAUAAUAAUUCAUUUUCAAGCAUUGAUUUAUUAUCAGUUAAUUCAACAAAUUUUAAUCCAUGUUCAUCCUCUGUUGAAUUACCAAUUAAUUCUUCCACGAAUGAUAAUAGAAAUUUUGUAUUGAAUUUAAAACGUCUGAACACAACAUGGGGUGUUGGUCGUAUGGUUCAUUUCAUUCAAAGUUGUGAUAAUCCACCACCAUUAAAAUAUAAAUCACUGCACAAGUGCAUCUCACGAAUAUUAAAAAGAGGAACUGUUAAAGAUAAAAAAAGAUCUGGUCGUCCUGUAACAACUACAACAUUUGAAUUUCAACAAAGUGUUAAUUAUUAUAUUAAAAUGAAAAAAGGUGCUUCUAUUAGAAAAACCAAUGCUAUUCUUAAAAAUGAACAAUUUGAAUCAUCUCCAACUUCAGUUUAUCGAACAACUAAACAAUUAAAUUUAAAAUGGUAUAAAAAACGAAAAGCUCAAAAACUAACUGAUACUGAUACACUAAAACGUAUUAAAUGUGCAAAAAGAUUACAAACUAAAUUUGGUAUUACAAAAAAAUCUAAAAAAUGGAAAUGGAAUCGCGUUGUGAAUUGUGAUUUCUCAGGUGUAUUUCCUCUUCAAGGUUUUCAAAACAAAAAAAAUUAUGGUUUGUGGGCCGAGAAAUACGAAGAAAUUGAAGCUGAUUUACUUAACGCUGAAACAAAUAAAUUUCAACAAGGUGUAAUAUUUUGGGGUGCAAUAUCAUCACAAGGUCUUAUACCAUCAAAUGCACCAAUUAAUGUUACUGAAUGCCAAUUGUAUGCUAAAUUCUUGAAAGAAAAAGUAGCUCCAGCAAUCAAAACAACAUUUCGAAAAUCUAAAUUGGAUCCGAUUUUUCACGAUGACCAAGACCAGAAACAACAAACAAAAUUAGUGAUAAAUACAGUAGCACAACUUUUUCAUGAACGUAUACAACCAGUAGAUGGUGAUGCUAAAUUUGAUGAUGUAUGGAGAAUAGAAAAUGUGUGGAGAGCACUGAAAGAAAAAGUACGUGGAGAGGUAUUUAAUACAACACUCGAAUUAGAAGAAGAAAUUCAAAAAGAAUGGAAAAACUUUUCGAUAGAAAAAUGUGCCCAAAUGAUGGACGAAAUACCUUAUCGAUUGCGACUAGUUAUAGAAAAUAAUGGAGCUCAUGUUCAUAUGUAUUGAUUUUAUAUUGAUGUAUAUUUUUAAAAAAUACACUGUCUUUUGUGGGUACUUUUAUUGACGUUUAAUAAACAUAAAUAAUCAAGAAAAUAUUGAAAAAUCGAUCUCAAAAAUUUAUGUAUUUAGUUUUGUCAAUGUUAUUUUACCACUAGUUAUAGCUAGAGAGCUGAAACUUUCAGAAAUAAAAGAUCUUGAUUAGAUGUAUAUAUGGUAAAAAUUUCAGGCCUCUAGGUUGAGUGAAAGUAUGAAAAAUAUGAAUAACAAAUUAUCGUCAGUUAUUAUGAAACACCCUUUAUGAUUAACAAUUUAUCAUCAGUUAUUAUGGAAUACUCUUUAUAUGUGUGGGGUGUUCCUAAAAAAAUUAUAUGAGUCUCCACACUUUCUAUGCCCAAAAAAGUAUUAAUUGUUACUUUAGACCGUUUUCGACGAUGUUACGUCUAACUAGACUAUUAAAAUUGAAAAAAGAACUUUCUUUCAGAACAUUGGCACAGAAUACCCUUCUUCCUGGAAGUGGGAGAAACUCUACGGAUUCACCCUAACAUGAAUAACAAAUGAUGGAUAACUUACAUGCAGAAAUUGCUUCAUCUUGAUAGUAAUGUUUUAUAUAAAGCAGAUCUUUGACAAAAGGAAGAGCUAAAAGUCAUCUGA